UUAAAAAAAGGAUUUGUCAGAGACAACUCAGCCAAAUUUUUUCCAUCGCACAGACAAAUUCUGCUUGUAGAAGUCAUAACUAACAGCCAAAUCUGACGUGCCUCUAGAAGAUUAAGCCGUCAAGGCACCAAAAAAAUGCAAAUAACUUUCUCACCUGCACCAUUGACCGAUCUUAUGGCGGGCAUGUCCAAACGCGUUUUCAUUCAUACUCUUUCCUUCUUUACCCAUCGACCUUUUUUUAGGUCAUAAAGAAAUUCAGGUGCAGUCAGUAGCAAACCCACAUUGAUUUCAUCAUUAUAAUGGUAGAUAUCUUCCACCAUCCUUCUAAACGUGCAUUUACCGAUUUCAAUCCCUGGCCCACCAUUACAAUAAAGUCGUUCAUCCCGUUUUGACAGCUAUGGCGACAAGAUUGCUUCGGAUCUUAUCAAUGCAUUGUCCUCACUUGGCAUAUCAUAAUGUUUUUUGCAGGGCCUACUUUCAAUAAUAACUUACUUGUUUUCACACGGCACUAAAUGUGACGGAUAGACGUACGAUUGAGUAGAUGAGAUAAACUUCCUGUGCAUUCUAUUUAUAGAUCGUUGAGAGAAGUCUGUGGAGGGGGAAGAUUUGUGUAAUCAUGGCGUCUCAUAUCAAGCCUGGGUCUUUGGAGACUACAAAUGGUUAUACUCAUGAUGAGAGGGUGGAGAGGAAUUCUGAGGGUUCUUCUGGUGGUGGGUGUUUUGCAAUGGAGUUUGUGUUGAGGUUACUUGCAGUCGCUGCAACUCUUUCUGCAGCAGUUGUCAUGUCGAAAGCUAAACAGACUGAAAUGGUGCCUGCUGUUGUGAAUUCUGUUCCAGUUACUGUAAAUGGACGUCCUGUCCUUGUUCCAGUGCCUGCUAAAUACAACUAUUCCCCUGCUUUCAUUUAUUUUGUUGUAGCGAAUUCAGUAGCUUGUGUAUACACAGCGCUCUCCAUACUUGCCACUUUCGCCAAGCGCAAGAAGUCCUCCUUUCUCAGCACUUUUCUUCUCGCUGUGACUGAUAUAUCGAUGGUAGCACUGAUAUCUUCAGCAGCCUCUGCAGCUAUGGCUUAUGCUUAUAUUGGGUUGAAGGGCAAUUCUCACACAGGGUGGCAUAAAAUCUGCAAUGUCUAUGAUAAGUUCUGUCGUUAUGUGGGUGCAGCGCUGGGAGUUUCCUUCGUUGGAUUGAAUGCGUUCUCGUUACUCACUCUCAUACAGUUGUACACUCUCUACAAACACACCAAAGGCCGGCGAUAAGUCACAGAUUUGGAAUAAGUACAGUGGACUGUAGUACUAUUGUAUUGUAUCAUCUGUUAUGUAAUUUGGUUGUAUUUUGAAAGCCUGUAUUGUCUUGCAAUAUUAACCAGAAAAGUCUUUCUGUUUCGUUGUAAUAAAUGAAAUUUGUAGUACGCUUUUUUUUGGUCUAA